UCUCAUUUCUUUCACUCUUUCACUCUCUCUCUCUCUCUCUCUAACUUUGCAUUCUCUUUCCUAUUCUGCAUUUCUUGUUUUGAUUCGGAUUUUCUUGGUUACGAGUUCGUCCAUAACUCUUCCUCUAUAUAUCUUUUUCAACAAAGCAUUGUUCGAUUUCGUCUUUGCCUCUCUUUCUUAAUCUCUCUUCCUCCUUUUCAAACCCCGUUUGCGUAUUCAUCUCUCUCUCUCUCUCUCUGUUUUUCAGACUCGCAUCCCUGAAAAGGGCAAGCCAGAAAUGAAGAAGUUUGUUCUGAAGUUGGACUUACAUGAUGGCAGAGCUAAGCAGAAGGCACUGAAGACGGUUUCCACUCUCAUAGGGAUUGAUUCUAUUGCUGUGGACAUGAAGGAAAAGAAAUUAACUGUGAUCGGAACUGUUGAUCCUGUAACUGUUGUCAGCAAAUUGAGAAAGCAUUGGCAAACUGAUAUAAUCUCAGUGGGGCCAGCCAAGGAGCCUGAGAAGAAAGAAGAGCCUAAGAAGGAGGAACCCAAGAAAGAAGAGGAGGCUAAGAAGGAGGAGCCCAAGAAAGAAGAGGAAGCUAAGAAAGAGGAACCCAAGAAGGAAGAAGAAAAGAAAGAGGAACCCAAGAAAGAGGAAGGGAAAAAGGAAGAAGAGAAAAAGAAAGACCCAGCUCCGGCUCCAGCACCAGCAACUGUUCCUCCACCUGACCCAGUUUUAGAGCUGGUCAAGGCCUACAAAGCUUACAAUCCUCAGCUGACCACGUAUUACUAUGUUCAAAGCAUGGAGGAAAAUCCAAAUGCUUGUGUUAUUUGUUAAGUUGGUGGAUGGCUAUAUGAGUUUUAAGAGAAGAUAGAUUUUCCCUACUGGUGAUGGUUUUUAAUCGCAUCAGUUCAUGUGUGUUGAGAGGUAAACACCUAACUAGAAGAGAGGAAUCCUGUAUAUAAAUGGUGAUGCCUCAUUCAUCUAUUCAGAACAUAAGUAAUUUGUAGAAAGAAUAAAUGAAAUUUUGGAACUUGUAUUUGGGUA